CAUUACACAUAGAGAGACCGCAGACUGGGCCAAAGAGAUAGACAGAUUGCUCAGUUGUCUCACUUCCAGGCGCAUUAGAGAAUUAGAGAUAAGGUUCAAAUUAUAUUCUCGCUAGGGGAAGCCUCCCUUUCAAAAUGCUGGGUAUUCGUCUCCACUCGGCAGGACUUCUCCUCCUCGCCCUCACCUGUUUCUCCGAUGGGGCCGGCGUAGAAUCUAUAGACGUAUAUAAGCCCAUUGCUAAGAUAUCCCCUGCUAGAAGUACCGGGAUGACAGAGGAUUCGUUUGGUUAUUCUGUCGCUGUGCACCGGCUGUUUGAAAGCCCUGGUAAUAUGACUUUAGAAGAAAUACUUGACCAAACCCUUAUAAUGGUCGGUGCUCCUCGUGGUGCUUACCCUGGUGGGCUAAGCACCGCUGACGUCCCUCCGUCUAACUUAUCAUGUCAUGUCUUUGGUAUUACUUCUAAUGAUGAUGCUCAAUCACUUGCAUGUCUUAGUCAUAAUAAUCCAGAUGGUAUGAACAAUAAGACAGGACUUGUGUAUCAGUGUUCCCUCUCCUCUGAGAAUUGUACCGCUUCUCUUGGUGACGGGGACGCAAGGGAACCUGAUGGACUCCUCUUUGACAGAAUUGGAAAUGUUGACAUACAUGUCCCUGGCCUAAGUGAUGAUUUUAAAGACAUUUUUUUCGCACAAAACAAGAAUGGGCAGCAGAUGGGAGCAACAGUUUACAGUGAAGAAGGAUUUUUUGUCGCCUGUGCUCCAUUGUGGGAGUUUACUGAUCUUCCUACCACCGCUAAUUCUCAGCCAAGAGGCCAGUGUGUAUAUUCUGGUCGUAAUUUAACUAAUUUCCUAAGGAUGAACCCUUGCUUUAGAAGUGGUAGUGGUAAUAAUCAGAAUGGAGAAGGUUUCUGUGAAGCAGGAUUCUCUGUUGGUGUCACCACUAGUCUGAACUCAGCCCCAGAAUUUGAGACAGGUCCAAUUCUGAUGGCUAGUGCUCCUGGUAGGGAUACCAGUACAGGCGGUGUCUACUAUUAUAAUCCACUGGGUACAGUCACUGAAACUACUACUAUAACUGCUAAAAAUAAACCUACCAGAGAACUUCACCUAUACACGAAUAACACAGCUAUACCACUAGAUAACAGUCUUCUGGGGCAGUUGCCACGUGUUAAUGCUUCUAACGGCCAAGUAUCAGGCACUAAUAAUCUUCCUAUUAAUGUCCCUGACGAUGAUUUUUCUUAUUUCGGUUUUGCCUUAUCUAGUGGUUACUUGACCAGUCAGUCUGUCAAAGAUGUAGUUGCAUCAGCUCCUAAGUAUAACAAGACGACACAAGUUGGGAGGGUUUACAUUGUUACUAGUGCUACUGAAAUACCUACAUUAUUUCUUGAUGGAGAACAGUUCGGUGAGCAGUUUGGAUAUUCAGUUGCAGUAACUGAUCUUAAUGGAGAUGGUUGGGAUGAUAUUCUUGUCGGUGCUCCGAUUUACAUUGAUCCCAAUAGACAGCACAUUGAGUCAGGACGAGUUGCGAUUUACAGAAACGAGGGCACUGGUACUGGUAGUUUUGCAUACACUGGAUCUAUAUAUGGACAGGGCGAUGGAGGCCGGUUUGGUAUAGCAAUAGCCACUCUUGGUGACAUCAACAACGAUGGAUACAAUGAUUUUGCAGUAGGUGCUCCAUUUGAGGGUGACGGGGUUGUAUACGUGUAUCAUGGUCAAAAUGUCAAUGGAUCUAUUGUCAAUACCACAGUACAGCAGAGAAUAAAUGGAACGGAAGUUGCUCGCCAGGUGACUAGUCUCACGUCAGGAGUUCGUUCAUUUGGUUUCUCUCUCACCGGCACUACUGAUAUUGAUCAAAAUGGAUACAGAGAUUUGGUGGUUGGUGCUUUUGAGUCCCAGACUGUAUUUGUGUUGCGAUCCAUACCAGUCGCCGUUACCGACAUUAGUUUUACUGCCAAUGUCACUAGGGUUGCGUUGGGUAUCUUUAAUUGCACGUUUAAUGGAGUCAUUUAUAACACCUGUUUUCAAGUUACCAUAAACUCAUCAUAUACUGGAAUACAAAUACCUUCAGGAUUUAGUACUUAUUACGAACUGAGUGAGGUGAUAGCUGCUGGUACACGUUCUCGUCUUUUCUUUGAUAAUACUUUACGUUCCUCUAUAAGACGUCCAAUAUAUUUGACUCAACCUAACCAAAUAUUCACUGAGAAUAUUAUAGUAUAUGUAAAGAACACGACUAAUUUUAAUGAUUUCUACCUACGGGUUGGGCUAGAGCAGAUACCACGUGAUUCUUCUCCUGUGGAUACUGAUGUUCCCAUUACUAGUAGCUUCUCUCAGAUUCCAGUCAUUCAGUUUCAGUAUUUUGAGCAAGAGAUACCUGUUGUGAGAGACUGUGGUCCUGAUGGAGUGUGUAUUUCUGACCUUAUUGCAAAUGCUCCUAUUGCCAAUAUUAGAUAUACGUCUGAGGGUGGAGACCCAUACAACAAUGUCAGCAUUGGUCUUGUGGAUCGAGUCACUCUUAACGUAUCAGUGCGAAACCAAGGCGAAGACUCUUAUAAUCCUUUCCUUGUCAUCUCCUUCCCUAGGGAAUACUUAAGCUUAGUUCAGACCAUUGAAACUGGUGCUUGUAACGAUACGACUCCUGACUCUCCUAAUGCAACUUAUAUUUGUCCAAAUAUCUUUCCCGAUAUACUGAGACAGGAUGCUUCAAUUCAAACUGACGUAAGCUUCGAUGUCAGAAAUACUCUAAUAGGCAACGAGACUAGUCUCCCAGUUGAGAUAAAGGUCAAUAACACUUAUGACUCCUUCAGUCGUGAAGACACCACUGACAACAAUGAGGUUGACAGGAGUUUAGAUGUUUUUGCGAUCUCUAUUUACAGUACUGAAAUUCAGUGGCCAUUAAGGGAGGUUGACUAUACCAACACUGGCUCAUCCUUCUCCAAUAACGUUGCCAGCACUCUUGGCAGAGAACUCAAUAUCACUGCUUCUGUUAGAGUACUAGAUGGAGCACAGAUCAGGUCAGGUCAACUAACUAUAUAUAUACCAGCAACCGUCUCUGAACUUGGCAAUAACUACUACUUUUAUCCAGCAAAAGUAGCAAAUGUGAGUGGUAAUGUCAAUUGUGAUACUUCUGUACUCAAUCCUCGCGGCUUUACGUUGGAUAGUGGACAGAUGGGCUCACGGCGUAGGAGCAUUAACAGUGGUAGUCAAAAGGAGCACUCAACACUUAGGAAGAGACAAACAACCACUGGAAUUGCUUGUACUUCAACUGAUACGACUGAUUGUAUUGCUCUCGUCUGUAGCUUCAGUUCUCUGGUCAGGGGAAAUGAUAAUGUACGGGUAAUGGUCACCGGCUACCUUGAUGACAGGUUCUAUGAUGGUAAAACGGCUACAUAUAACCUAACAACUUUUGCUAGAGUUAAUGUUACUGAUGGUUUCACCAUCACUUCUGUAGAUUCUACCACUGACGCUUCUAGUAUUAUUAGUUUGCUUGGACCUACCGAGGGCACUGCCAGCUCGGGGAUUCCUUGGUACAUCAUCGUCGCUCCUAUUUUAGCCGCCAUUGUAUUCUUCAUCAUAGUCGUAGUGCUACUUUACUUUUUGGGAUUCUUUAGAAGGAAGAAGCAUGGUAAAGCUGAGAUAACUGGCGACGAGGAGUUCGAGCAGUUUGCUCCUAAUCCAUUUGGAGCUGGUGGUGGAGGAGGAGGAGGAGGAGCACCUUCAGCUCCUCCAAAGGAUGAAGAGAAGAGUUAGAAUGUGUGGACAUGUCUGUGUGAUUAAUCAUUAUUAUUAUUAUUAUUAUUAUUGUUAUUGAUGUUUUCAAACUCUCUUCUCUCUCUAUUAUCUAUUAGUUUAAACCGCCUAUCUUUAAAAAUAGUAUUUUAAUCAUUUAAUAUUUACUCUCUCUCUCUCUCUUGCAAGGAUAUUGUUAUAGUUCAUUCAUACAUUUCAUUGUGCUAUGUUAAUCUUUCUAUUUUAAUAAAAAAUGCUUUACUAGUA